AUGCAUCCGUCGCUGUGGCUCCUCGAAGUCUUUUUCUGCUUGUUUGCCGUUUCUGUGAGGGCGGAGGCGUCGAGUUCGUCCACAACGAUCUGGGCCACCGGCGCUCAUAAUUCUUCGACCUCUUUUAAUUCGUCAUCGACGACGACAAGAUUGACCAAACCGGUGGUGACAUAUACGAAACCCCCAUCACCGGCGGACACGGUUACCCAUAUUCUCCCCCAGUCGAUUUCGGAUCUCAUCUUUCCCACCGUCAUCCCGCAUCGACCGAUUCAGCCAUCGAACAUCCGUUGUGGACGAUGGGGUCUGCCGCAAUCUCGGACCAACGGUCAAUCCCCAUUGGGGACAAUCGGACAAAGGGGAAAGGGAGGUGCACCCCAGUUCCCUCCAUUCAUCGGUGCCCCUGGCUUCGAUAGUGGGACUUAUGGUAACAACGGGGGGGGCGGCGGCGGCGGCUAUGGCAAUGGCGGUUCCAAUAGCGGUGGCAGUGGCAGUGGCAGUGGCAGUGGCAGUGGCAGUGGGAACAAUAACAACGGCGGCGGUGACAACGGGAACGGCAAUGGCAACGGCAACGGCAAUGGCAACGGCAGUGGCAAUACGGGAAGCACUGGCUAUGGCGGUGGCAGGGGGAACGGAGGACCAGGUGGUGGCGGCCCUCGAUCCUUCCCCUGGGGUUCGAGGACAGCGAAUAACACCAAUCCUUAUAAAGACCCUCCAGUGACGGGAGUGGUUCGCAAAUACACCUUCGUCAUCCAACGCGCGGUGCUGGCUCCCGAUGGAGUGGAAAGGGACGUGAUUGUCAUCAAUGGACAAUUUCCCGGGCCCACGAUCGAGGCCGACUGGGGAGAUACCAUUGAGAUUACGGUGGUCAACGCGAUCACGGGGCCUGAAGAAGGGACCUCAGUUCACUGGCACGGCCUGUUGCAGAAGAAUACCGGGUAUGAGGAUGGGGUGCCUGGCAUCACGCAAUGCCCGAUCGCGCCGGGCCAGACGUUCACCUAUUCCGUCAACGCCGACCUGUAUGGAACCAGUUGGUACCAUGCGCACUAUUCAGCCCAAUAUGCUGCGGGCGUCUUCGGUGCCAUGAUCAUCCACGGCCCGACCAAUGCGGCCUAUGAUGAGGACCUUGGGCCGGUCAUCCUCAGCGACUAUUAUCACGGCAAUUACUAUGACAUUCUCGAGGACGUCAUGGGCACCGACCUGAGCAAGGCGGCCGCGUUUUCGGACAACAACCUGAUCAACGGCAAAGGGACCUUCGACUGCUCCCAAGUCAGCAACAGCACCAAGUGUACGCCUGGUGCGGGCUACUCGAAGUUCCAGUUCACGCAGGGCACAACAUACCGACUCCGACUGAUCAAUGCCGGAGGAGAAGGGGUGCAGAAAUUCAGCAUCGACAACCACCAGCUGAAGGUCAUCUCGUACGACUUUGUGCCGAUUGUCCCAUACACCACGGAGAUUGUGACUCUGGGCGUUGGCCAACGAGCAGAUGUGCUGGUCGAAGCCACAGGAAAGCCGACCGAUGCUGUGUGGAUGCGGUCCGUCAUCAGCAACUGCUCGCUCACCCACCAGCCAUAUGCGUAUGCGAUGAUCUACUACCAGAAUGCCGACCUCGACAGCAAGCCGCUGACCGAGGCCUGGCCGGACACGACAGAUAUCUGUGCCAACGACGACCUGAGCCUGACCGCCCCUUACUUUCCCAUCGCGCCGCCGGCGAACCCGGCAACCGAGGUGUCGAUCGAUCUCAACUUCGGGGUCAACGCGACCGGGCAUCUGGUGUGGACCAUGAACAAUUCAACCUUCCGCACCUGCUACAAUGACCCGGUGCUGAUGCGGGCGCAAGAAAAGUACAGCAGCACCGCCGGCAGCAACGCCUCGUCGUUUGAGUUUCCCACCGAGUGGAACGUGUUUGAUUUCGGCAACGCCAGCAGUAUCCGCAUCAUCGUCAACAAUCUGACCCCGGUGGCUCAUCCGAUGCAUAUACACGGUCACAACAUGUACGUGCUCGACGAAGGUGUCGGGGAAUGGGACGGGACCAUUGUCCGACCAAACAAUCCUACCAGGAGAGAUACCCAGCAGCUCCAGCCUGCCGGGGCGGACGGGCCGGGAUAUUUGGUGUUCCAGAUUGACGCGGACAAUCCGGGGGUAUGGCCUUUCCAUUGCCACAUUGCCUGGCAUGUGAGUGGAGGACUUUACGUGAAUAUUCUGGAACGACCAAAUGAUAUCCCCAACAUCAAGACCCCCGAUGAGGUCAGCAACCUAUGUAAGACCUGGGGCGAUUUCACGGGACUCGGACCUAUCGAUCAGAUUGAUUCGGGACUAUAG